AAUGUAUUCAGUGUCUCGGAUCUAUCAGUGUUUUUUAAGUUUUCAAAGCGAUACUUUGUAGUUCUUUAAAACUUACAUCAAAAUGCAUUUAUUGUAUUCGUCAGCUAUCGUGAUAUGGACGCUAUUUACACUUCAAUCUAUAAGCCAGAUAGCGGUAACUUCGUGUAGCUCAUCACCGGUCAAAAAGAUUGAUAAGAUUGAUGAUGACCCUUCGACAGAAAAUAUAAUAUUAACCCAAUUAAAAUUAAAAAUGAUUGAAAUUAAAGAGCCUGUGGCAAAACAGGAUAAUUACGAUUGGCGUGAAAGUGGAAAUGACCCGAAUCUUGCUAAGUUCAACAGUAUGUCCUUAAUAACCAUCAAUGAAGAAAAUUUGAACAGAGACAAGAGUUGUACCGGCAAUUGCGAUUCACUCGAUGAUAGUGGAAGAGCAAGUGCUCGUUCUUUAAACGACUCGAACCAAUGUGCUGGUGAUCUUUUAAACUGCUGGUUUCAUAAUGACGGAAAAACGAAUAAAAGCUCAGAAGGACGUCGAUGA